UGUAUGCAAGGGAAAUAUCAAGAAUGAAAAAGAUUCUGAUAGGAUUAGUAUUGCUGAUGAUAAUGAUUUGGUGUACGAAUGGAAAUACGAUGACAUUGCUGAAAAAGUUAUCAAAGAAUUUUACAAAAGAACAAAGUUAUGAUAAACGAUCUGAAAGUUUAGAGGAAAGACCAUGUGAUUGCGAAACCCGAGUCGAAUGGACAGAUCUAGGGGAAAAUGUUUAUCCUAGACAUUUAAGAGAAACUAAAUGUAUAUCAACACAUUGUUGGUUUGGCCAUAGCAGAUGCAAUCCAAUAUUAUACACCGUCAAAGUUCUAACUAGUAAUCCUUUGCCAUUUGUAGAUCCAAUGUUACCAGAAGGACUUCGGUCCGAUUGGACAUUUGUGGAUAAAACGGUUUCAGUUGGUUGCCUAUGCAGUCGGUGAUGUGAACCAAAAAGAAUUUGGAAAUAAGCUUUGGCUGUUAUUUACAGGCGCAAAUGAAAAUAAUCUUAUAUAUUUUUGGAUAGAAAUGGGGUUAUAAUGCCUAGUCUUUCGAAGUAGUUGCUCAUA